CGAGCGGGUCUCCGCCGAGCCUCUCCCCCCUCGCUGCAGCCCCCCCGCCAUGGAGGACGCCCCCGAGAUGAGCGGCGGCCCCGAGGAGUUCGCCGAGGGCUCCAAGAUCAACGCCAGCAAGAACCAGCAGGACGACGGGAAGAUGUUCAUCGGCGGGCUGAGCUGGGACACCAGCAAGAAGGACCUGACCGAGUACCUGUCGCGCUUCGGAGAGGUCGUGGACUGCACCAUCAAGACCGACCCGGUGACAGGGCGCUCCCGCGGCUUCGGCUUCGUGCUCUUCAAGGACGCGGCCAGCGUGGAGAAGGUGCUGGAGCUGAAGGAGCACAAGCUGGACGGGAAGCUGAUAGACCCCAAGAGAGCAAAAGCCCUCAAGGGGAAGGAGCCGCCCAAAAAGGUGUUCGUUGGCGGGCUGAGCCCGGAUACGUCGGAAGAACAGAUCAAGGAGUACUUCGGUGCUUUUGGCGAGAUUGAGAACAUUGAGCUUCCCAUGGACACCAAGACGAACGAAAGGAGGGGUUUCUGCUUUAUUACAUACACGGAUGAAGAGCCAGUCAAGAAGCUACUAGAAAGCAGAUACCAUCAAAUUGGUUCAGGCAAGUGUGAGAUCAAAGUAGCACAGCCCAAAGAAGUGUACAGGCAACAGCAGCAGCAACAGAAAGGAGGAAAAAGCAAUGCGUCUGGUGGACGAGGUGGUGGAAGGGGGCGUGGACGGGGUCAGGGACAAAACUGGAAUCAAGGAUUUAAUAACUAUUAUGAUCAAGGAUAUGGAAACUACAAUAGCGCUUACAGUGAUCAAAGCUACAGUGGCUAUGGAGGAUAUGACUACUCCGGGUACAACUAUCCCAAUUAUGGAUAUGGGCCGGGAUACACAGAUUACAGUGGUCAGCAAAGCACGUAUGGAAAAGCAUCCCGUGGUGGCGGCAAUCACCAAAACAACUACCAGCCAUACUAAAGCAGUACCUAGACCUUGAGGAAACAGGUGGAGAUGCUGCAGCAAAGCCAUCUUGCAGAGCAUUGUGUGCGAGCGGAGGGUGGUCUUCGUGAGAGGAAAUGACUAUUUUGUAAAAGACUUUUAGUGUACGACACACAACUGUGUCCAACUGUAUAUAGCGGCCGGCUAGUUUUCUUUUAUGGUUUUUACUUUCUUUUUGCCAUUCAUGUUAUGACACAACGUGGACGUGUGUUUAUACAAACUUUUAUUUGUAUAAUUCCAUGUUAGAGGAUUCUCUAAUAAACGCUUCCCCAAGUGAA